CAUGGCUGUGUCAUAGCUUCCGGGUUGUGGCACAGUUCAAAUGGGACUUGUUGCUUUGUUGGAAAUCCUCUUACACACUGAGAUCAUGUGACCCGUGUUUUGCAUGGAGCAUUCACUUAGACAGGAUAUAACACAGAAGGCACUGGAGUGAAUCAUGUCUCGACCAAAUACCACAGUGAAAGAGGCCUGGACUCGAGAAAGAAUUCCUCACAUUGAUGAUUCCGAUUCGUCUUUAGAGCAGAAGUCUCAGAAGAUUAAAAAGAAGAAGGAGGAUGCAAAGGACUCAAAAGAGGCUAAACUCAAUGGAAGUGAAACCAAGCCUAAGAAAUCAAAGACAAAAAAGCAUGAAGAGGAGGAUGAUGAAGAUCCACCUGUCGAAAAAACUGGGAAGAAAGUGAAGAAGAAGAAGUCAGAGAAAGAGUCUGAACCAGAGGAAAAGGACAAAGAAAAAGAAACUAAGAAGAAAACGAAAAGUGUUCCCAAAAAGAAAAAAGACAGCUCAGAUGAUGAUGACGAUGAAGAUGAGGAUACGCCUAAAAAGAAAACCAAAAAGAAAAUGACAAAAGACAGCUCCCCAUCGUCAACGUCUGGAAAAGAGAAGAAGUCCAAAUCUAAAGAUGACAAAGAUUCUGACGGCAAAGAAAAAAAGUCCAAGUCAAAAGAAAAGGACAAGAAGAAAGAACCAGCCUCGAUGUUUCAGAUAAAUGGAGACAAGGACUCUAAACCCAAAAAGAAAGCUGCAAAAUCAGAUAGUGAAGACAGUGAAGAGGAGACCAAGCCUAAAUCAAAGAAGAAGUCCAGUAACUCAGCCUCAUUGUUUGUAGUGUCAGAUGACAAGGACAAGGACAAAGGCAAAGACAAGAAGACCAAGAAAAAAGCUAAGAAAGAAGAAGAAAGUGACUCAGAAUCUGAAAAAGAAGAGAAAUCUAAGAAGAAGAAAGGAAAAGGAAAAAAGAAAAAGGCAAGAUCUCCAUCACCAGAGAUUGAGUUUGACAACUUGGAGAAGUUUGUGUUAGAACCAGCACCUCAAGGUGUCACAGUCAAAUGUAGAGUGACCAGGGAUCAGCGUGGGGUGGACAAGUCUCUCUAUCCACUGUAUUACCUCCACCUUGACAAUGAAAAGAAGACAUUUUUAUUGGCUGGAAGGAAGAGAAAGAAAAGUGCCACUUCAAAUUACCUAAUUUCAAUUGAUGCAACUGAUCUGUCAAGAGGAGGAGAUAAUUUUGUUGGGAAACUAAGGUCAAAUUUGAUGGGCACCAAGUUUACUGUGUAUGAUAAUGCCCUGAAUCCUGAAAGGGCGCUUCCUGACAUGUCAAAUGCACGUCAAGAGUUAGCUGCAAUCAUAUAUGAAACAAAUGUUUUAGGAAUCAAAGGUCCUAGAAGGAUGACAGUCAUUAUACCAGGAAUGAACAAAGACAAUGAACGAAUCCCUCUACGACCCAGAAAUGACUAUGAUGGCCUGCUGAUAAGGCAUCAGAACAGAAGGAUGGAUAAUCUGAUUGAGCUGCGUAAUAAAGCUCCAGUUUGGAACGAGGAGUCAUCAUCGCAUGUGCUCAACUUCAAUGGCCGUGUCACUCAGGCCUCCAUCAAAAACUUUCAGAUAGUUCACAGCAAUGACUUGGACUACAUUGUGAUGCAGUUUGGACGUAUAGCUGAUGAUAUUUUCACUCUGGACUACAACUAUCCUAUGUGCGCCGUUCAGGCCUUUGCCAUUGCUCUAUCUAGUUUUGAUGGAAAAAUUGCCUGUGAAUAAAAUACUCCAAUUCGUCAUACAAUCUAUUGCAUUAAUGUCAAACAAAUGGUGUCAGUUUGGGUUUGUUCAUCCUAGUUUUUUAGCUUAAAUUAUUGUUGCUUUUUAUUUGACUUUUUUGCCGUUUUUGAAUUUUUAUUUACUUUGAACAAUUUAUAUGUGUUAAUGAAAUCUAAUAAAUGUGAACUGAGUAUAAA